AUGAACCCCACAGACUCUGAGGAUAUGAGCCCACAAAUACCUCCGCCGUCAGUAAAACCAUGCAGAUGUGCGCGGUGCGACGUCGGCCCAGAACUUAUGGAGUAUGGAGCGCAUCAGCUCAAAAGCCUCAGCUGCAACGCUCAUGAAGUGAUCCGAUCCCAUUCGCUGCUAUUCUCUGCUACUGGGAAACCAUCUGCACAACAGAAUUGGAGUGAUUUGACAAACGGCAUCACAAUUCUGCGUAGAUCUCUUAGCAAACUCGAAGCGCAUGCCUACGAAGUGCUGUCUUCACGAUUCGAACGCGUGAAUGUGAACUGUGGUCAGACAAAGCGAUCACAUAGCUAUACGUCGGUGGACUCGAAUGGUAAUACCAGUCCUGUGGAGAAAAUGUUCGAAGAUGGGAUGUCCAUGAACGAACAAUCUGAAGAUGAAUUUGACGUGGUUCAACCGCUGAGCGAAAAGGAACUAGGCGAGGAAUGGUCGACGGUGAUUCGUACGAUAGCGACUACCUUACCACCCCCGCAGCUGUUUAAAAGGGGUGACAAGUUUGUUGCUAAGGUCCUCAGUGCAGUUUCCCCACUGGAAUUCUAUGUCAUCAAAGUUAGCCACAUUAGAUAUACUUUCAUUUUGACAGAAGACAUUUUCUUCAUGCUUCUUCAGGUGUACUUGGCCGACUAUGGAAGAUCGUUGUUUGUCAGUCGGACUCAAUGUUUUGCGAUGCCAAAGUGCAUCGCUCAGUAUGCUCCUCCCCUCGCGCAUUAUUGCACAUUGAAUGAUGUGGAUAGUCGUUCCCUCGACCACGCUGCUGUUAAGGCAUUCCAUGAGAAAAUAGUCACAGCAAGUGAAGUUAUGCUAGCAUGUUACGGAGAAACCCGUCGCACUCAUGGCGAGCUGGUGGACAUUAUCGACUGA